UACCUCCCAUUGGUUUCUGUCACUCGAACACACCUGUUGAGCUGAGCUGAGAGGGAAGCUCAUCUGAAGCGGUUACAGAUCCCGGCGUUCAUUCCAACCACGGAUUUUAGCUCUAAACCAUGGCAAAGGAGACACUCGCAAUAUUUGUGUUUUCCGGGGUGGUUUACCUGACUUUGGCCAUAAAUGUUGAUAUACCACAAGUGACUUAUGAAUUUGCCCGAGGUGACAAUGCAACAAUACCCUGCAAGUUUGUACCCCUGAAGCCAGUAAACCCAAUUAUUAACAUCUUCUGGACCGCUCAUCCAGAUGUUGAUGGUGAUCCAGAUAUUGAAAUACUCAGUGCCUACAUCCCUUCUGCUGAUGCUCCAACUGUUGAUAUAUCCUCUGAUUAUGAAAGCAGGGCAAAACUGCAGUAUGACAUCCCUAACGGAAUUGCAAACUUGCAACUCAUUUCACUAACUUCAGCAGACACUAGAGUGCAUGAAUGUAAAGUUUCCAUUCCUCAGGACAAAAAAGGAAAGGUGUCAGACACUACACGUGUUGUGGUUUUGGUGGCUCCUUCUAAACCAAUCUGUAAGAUUCAGGGAGUAGCUGAGGUUGGACAGAACAUCAACCUGACCUGUCGCUCAGAGGAGGGCACCCCAACACCUACGUACCAGUGGAAAAGUUAUGAUACCUUAAAUAAUCCACGACUCAGCCUGCCUCCAAAGUCCACUGUUGAUACUACGACCGGUGUCCUGUCACUUUACAAUGUCACUUCGGAGACCAGUGGUUACUAUAUCUGCACAUCCAGCAACAAAAUUCGCCAGCAGUCCACUAACCUGACCUUGGCCGUUAUGCCACCCUCUAUGAACCUUGCCUCCACGGCAGGAUUCAUUGGAAUCGGAGUGGUGGCUUUUCUAAUCAUUCUGGUCGUUAUCAUUUGCUGCUGCUGUCGUAAGAGGAAGGAGGAGGUCGAGCAAUACGAGUUGGGCACUCAACAGGGUGAAGAAUAUAUGGACAAACAGCCUGCUGAGAUUGAAGAGCGUCAAAACGGACGUGUCGAGAGCAGGCCUGAGAAGAACACAAACCAGCGUGACCAGUAUGAAGACCAUACCGAGUAUGAAAACCAGAGCGAUCGCUACUCUGAACGCCGAGAUGACUAUGAUGAUCGUAGGCCGAGGUCGGACGACCGUCGAAUUGACCGGUACGAUGAUCGGCGCAGCGACCGCUACGAUGACCGCCAGAGCGACCGCUACGAUGACCGCCAGAGUGACCGCUACGAUGAUCGCCGCGCCGACCGCUACGAUGACCGCCAGAGCGACCGCUACGAUGACCGCCAGAGUGACCGCUACGAUGAUCGCCGCGCCGACCGCUACGAUGACCGGAGCAGAGACCGCUACGAUGAUCGACGUGAUCAGUAUGAUGACCGAGACCGGCGUGAUGAGCGUCGCAACGACCGGCGUGAUCGUUACGAUGACCGCGACAGAACACCUGUUAAGCCUUCAAGAGGCUAAGCUAACCUGGUAAUUUUUUUUUUUUGUGUGUGUUUUAUUUUUGUACAGGAAAAGCAAUUAAAACUAAAUUUCCACAGGAUAUGAUGCAACAUGACCCACGCCGAUUUCCACAGGAUUCGCAAAUUUAUUUUUAAGGCUUUUUAAAAAAAAAAAAAAAAAAAAAAAAGUAAAA